AUGGCCAUGGCAGCACGCAGGGGAGGUCCGGCCAUGGCAGCACGCAGGGGAGGUCCGGCCAUGGCAGUUCGCACCGAAGGCAGCCAUGGCCGGGGGUCGCCCGUCGAGCAGCAGUCGGCUGGAGGUCGAAGGCGAGGUGGUGGAGCAAGCGGCGGUGGUAGGCGGUGCGCUCAGGCGCUGUCCUCUAAGGACAUACCAAUUGACCUAGACCUUGAAAUAGAAAGGACCCUUAGGAAGCAAAGAAAGGCUAGAGAGUUAGAGUUUCGGAUACCUGAGAAUCCUCCUGCCUCUUCUGCCACUGCAUCUGAUAUUCCUUCUGUUUCUAUACCUACCCCUGACUUCAGCACAAUGGCAGGUAAUGGGAAUGAACACAAUAGGAAUGGAAAUAAUGUAAAUCAUGGUCAUUUGGAUGGUAGAACCAUUAGAGAAUUGGCUGCCCCUGAUGUGCACUACCAGUCUUUAUGCAUUCAAUAUCCCCAAUUGGAUGCAACCUUUGAAUUGAAAUCUGGGCUAAUCCAUUUGCUUCCCAAGUUUCAUGGCCUUGCAGGUGAAGAUCCGCACAAGCACCUCAAAGAAUUCCAUGUUGUCUGCUCCACAAUGAGGCCACAAGGAGUUGAUGAGGAGCAGAUAAAACUUAGGGCCUUCCCAUUUUCAUUGGAUGGAGCUGCAAAGGAUUGGUUAUACUACCUACCACAUGCUGCCAUCACAAGUUGGGAUGGGCUAAAAAGGAUCUUUUUGGAGAAGUUCUUUCCAGCAUCCCGAACAGCCGCCAUUCGAAAAGAAAUUUGUGGCAUAAGGCAGAAUCAUGGGGAGACAUUACAUGAAUAUUGGGAGCGAUUCAAGAAACUCUGUUCUAGUUGUCCACACCAUCAAAUCAGUGACCAGCUGCUGGUCCAAUACUUCUAUGAAGGUCUUAUUCCAAUGGAUAGGUAUUUGGUGGAUGCAGCUAGUGGAGGAGCCCUCUCUGAAAAGACACCAGCAGCUGCUCAAGAGCUAAUCUCCAAGAUGGCACAGAAUGCCCAACAAUUUGGUACCAGGUCAGCCACUCCCAUGAGACAAGCCAAUGAGAUUGGUGUUGCUGCCAUCAAUGACCAACAGAGAAUAGAGAACAAACUGGAGGAAUUGGCCUCCAUGGUCAGACAGCUAGCCCUUGAUAAAGGACAGUCCAAAUCUCAGCAGGUAUGUGGUAUUUGCUCAUUAUCCUCCCAUGGUACUGACCAAUGUCCUCAACUGCAGGAGAAUACAGAAGCUUGUGCUGGCAUUUUUCCAGGAAGACCCUUCCAGCCACAGCAUCAUCAGCAACAAAGAUAUGAUCCAUAUGCUGCCACCUAUAAUCCAGGGUGGAGAGAUCAUCCGAAUUUGAGGUAUGGAGGUCCUUCCAACCAGCCAUUCCAGCCACAGCAACAGCAACCUCAGCAGCACAGAUUCAAUGCACAAAGACCAAGUCAAUCAAUGCAGCAACCCCAACCAGCUCCUAAAUCCGAAUCAAGCUUGGAAGAUAUCAUGAAGCAGCUCGUUGCCAACAAUCUCCAGUUUCAGCAAAGGACCGACACUGCCAUACAAAAUUUGGAGACACAGAUUGGACAGCUGGCAACCAACAUCAGUGAGCUACGGAGUCAAGGUUCGGGUCAGUUGCCUUCACAACCAGUUUCAAAUCCAAGGGGCAAUGUAAGUGCUAUCGUUCUCCGCAGUGGCAAAGAGUUAAGCAGCCCACCCUCUCCACAACCAGAACUUGGGCAGCAACAAGAAAGCCAAAGGGAAGAUCAACCUCCUCCCAUUCAAAAGGACAAGCAGCCCACCACUAUUGAUCAAGAUAGAGGAGAGACUUCUUACAACCAUCCACUGCCAUUUCCUCACCGAGCCACUCAAAAUAAAAAGAGGGCAGAAGCUGAGUUGGACAAGGAGAUAAUGGAAACUUUCAAAAAAGUUGAGGUGAACAUACCACUCUUGGAGGCCAUCAGACAGAUUCCCAAGUAUGCCAAGUUUCUCAAAGACUUGUGCACCCACAAAAGGAAACUGAAAGGAAAUGAAAAAAUCAACUUGGGAAGAAAUGUGUCAGCAUUGAUUCAACCUGCCAUGCCUCAGAAAUGCAAAGAUCCAGGGACUUUCACCAUUCCUUGCACUAUUGGAAAUUUGCAAUUUUAUAAUGCUAUGUUGGAUUUAGGAGCCUCUAUUAAUGUGAUGCCUAAAUCUGUAUAUUCUUCUUUGCAGGCAGGUGCAGGCACAUUGACAUCUACAGGAGUGGUGGUCCAGUUGGCAAAUAGGAGCACAGCAUACCCUGAGGGAGUAUUAGAGGAUGUAUUAGUAAAGGUAAAGGAUUUCAUAUUCCCUGCUGACUUCUAUGUUUUGAAUAUGGAGGAUGAUCGCACACCCGGACACGCACCACUCAUUCUAGGUAGACCCUUCUUGAAAACUGCAAGGACAAUAAUUAAUGUGCAUAAGGGUACUUUAUCUAUGGAGUUCGCUGGUAACACAAUUCAAUUCAAUAUCAUUGAUGCCAUGAAGUAUCCCUUAGAAGAUCAUUCUGCCUUGCAUGUUAACUUUAUUGACUUAAUGGUGGAGAAAGCAUGUGUUGAGUUGUAUAGUCUUGAGUCUGAAUUCCCCACCAUCCAUGAUUUUACUGAUGAUAUGCAUUGCCCUCAGUCUCAUGACAGACUCAGUAAGUGUAAUGCUUGUUCUGAAAUAGAUGAGUUUUUGAGUAUUGUUGAUAGUGCACCUUCUCAUACUAUAUCCGAUUCUCAUGUGCCUCCCAUAGAGGAAGUUUCUGUUGUUGAGAAUGUAGUGCAGGUAGGUGGCAACAUAAGCAGACUGGUGCCUUCAAUUCAACAGCCACCCACCUUGGAGUGUAAGCCCCUGCCCGAGAAUCUGAAGUACGCCUACUUGGCGGAUGGAGACAAGCUACCCGUGAUCAUCGCCGACAACCUUCAGCCUGACCAAGAGGAGAAGUUGCUGAAUCUGUUGAAGCAACAUAAGAGAGCCAUAGGUUGGUCCCUUGCAGACAUUCCCGGUAUAUCCCCUUCCUUAUGCAUGCACAGGAUUCAUUUAGAGGAAGGAGCUCAACCAAAAGAGGUAAGUAAACUACUUUCGGCUGGCAUUAUUUAUCCUAUCUCUGACAGCCAGUGGGUGAGUCCAGUGCAGGUAGUUCCGAAGAAGACAGGAUUCACAGUGGUAGCCAAUGAGAGGAAUGAGCUAGUGCCCAUGCGAGUGCAGAACAGCUGGAGAGUCUGCAUUGACUAUAGGAGGCUCAACCAAGCUACCAGGAAGGAUCAUUUCCCACUCCCAUUCAUUGAUCAGAUGCUAGAGAGGUUAGCUGGAAAGUCCCAUUACUGCUUCCUUGAUGGUUUCUCUGGUUAUUUUCAGAUUUGCAUAGCACCGGAGGAUCAGGAGAAGACCACCUUCACCUGCCCCUUUGGCACUUUUGCAUACCGGAGGAUGCCAUUUGGUCUAUGUAAUGCCCCAGGUACGUUCCAGCGAUGCAUGGUGAGUAUAUUUUCAGAUUUACUUGAGCAUUGCAUGGAAGUUUUCAUGGAUGAUUUUUCCGUCUAUGGAACCUCCUUUGAUGAGUGUCUGAUCAGUUUGGGUAGAGUCCUAGAGAGAUGUGUUGAGAAGAAUCUUGUCCUAAAUUUUGAAAAAUGUCAUUUCAUGGUUGAGCAGGGGAUUGUUUUGGGUCAUGUUGUGUCCAAGAGGGGUAUAGAGGUUGAUAAGUCCAAGGUCGAUAUCAUUUCUUCUUUGCCUUACCCCGCGUCUGUGCGGGAGGUACGUUCUUUCCUUGGACAUGCAGGAUUCUACAGGAGAUUCAUCCAAGACUUCAGCAAGAUUGCCCUUCCAAUGUCCAACCUGCUUCAGAAGGAUGUGGAAUUCAAAUUUGAUGAGUCUUGCAAGAUGGACUUUGAGGAGCUCAAGAGGCUUCCUUCCUCUUCAGAUGUCACUACCAUGGACUGUCAGUCUAUCAGAGAUGACUUCCCAGAUGAGUUACUCUAUCACUUGCAUGGUACUGAGCCCUGUUGA